CGAAUUCCUUACUCCCACCAAUUCCCAUUCUUUCCCCCCAUAAACCCUAGCAACCCAAUUCCCAUUCUUCGCUCACUUUCCAUCUCUCUCUCUCUCGCUCUCUCAGACUCAUACGACGAGACUCGAAUACAAUACACAACAGCACACGGUAGUGAUUCGCCCCUAUCAAGAAACAACAACAACAAAGAAACAAAAUACAAAAACCAAAGUUUUUCAGCUGAUAAAACCACGAUUUCGACAAAGAAGAAGAAGUGUACAAUCAAUCAUCAGCGGGAAAAGGGGGCUUAAUUUGAGUUGGGUUUAUCAGAUCAUCAUCAUCAUCAUCAUUAUCGUCGUCGAGCAGAGAAUCAAAAUCAUUAUCAUCUUCAUCUUCUGCAUCUAAAAAGAGAGAAAAAUGAAGUAUGUGUUGGUGACAGGCGGCGUAGUUAGUGGUCUUGGUAAAGGGGUGACUGCCAGUAGCAUUGGUGUCAUUCUCAAGGCUUGUGGGCUUCGUGUUACUUCUAUUAAGAUUGAUCCUUACUUGAACACUGAUGCGGGAACAAUGUCCCCUUUUGAGCAUGGGGAAGUGUUUGUUCUAGAUGAUGGCGGCGAGUGUAUCGGGUUAUUGUUUUCUUGCUGUUGCUGGAAGUUCAGACCUCUUGAGUUCUCAGCAGGAAGAUUUGGUGGACCUGGACCUUGGAAACUAUGAGCGGUUCCUAGACAUCAAGUUGACACGUGACAAUAAUAUCACUACUGGAAAAAUUUAUCAGGCCGUAAUUGAUAAGGAGCGAAGGGGAGACUAUUUGGGGAAAACUGUUCAGGUUGUUCCACACAUCACAGAUGCCAUUCAAGAAUGGAUUGAACGCGUAGCCAUGAUUCCAGUGGACGGUAAAGAAGGUCCAGCUGAUGUUUGUGUCAUUGAAUUGGGUGGUACUAUAGGGGACAUUGAGUCAAUGCCAUUCAUUGAGGCUCUGGGACAGUUCUCCUACCGUGUAGGUGCAGACAACUUUUGCUUGAUACAUGUCAGCUUGGUACCUGUUUUGAGUGUCGUUGGUGAGCAGAAAACAAAACCAACUCAGCACAGUGUUAGGGGACUAAGAAGCCUGGGAUUGACACCAAAUAUUUUAGCUUGCCGCAGCACAAAGGAACUUGAAGAAAAUGUGAAGGCAAAACUUUGUCAAUUUUGCCAUGUUUCGGCAGAAAAUAUCAUCUCACUCUAUGACGUGUCCAACAUCUGGCAUGUUCCUUUGCUUUUAAAAGAUCAGAAGGCACAUGAGGCAAUCUUGAAAGCGCUGAACCUUAUAGGUGUUGCCAAUGAACCUGCAUUGGUAGAAUGGAAAUCUAGGGCUGAACUCAGUGACAUGUUGCAUGAGCCUGUCAGAAUUGCCAUGGUUGGAAAAUAUACAGGCCUUUCAGAUUCUUACCUAUCUGUCCUAAAGGCUCUGUUGCAUGCUUCUGUUGCUUGCCACAUGAAACUUUUUAUCGAAUGGAUUCCAUCCAGUGAUCUUGAAGAUGCAACGGCUAAAGAGAAUCCUGAGUCUUAUAAAGCAGCUUGGAAUUUAUUGAAGGGUGCAGACGGUGUGCUUGUUCCUGGGGGUUUCGGCGACAGAGGGGUGCAAGGGAAAAUUAUUGCCGCAAAAUAUGCCCGCGAAAACAAGAUUCCAUUUCUUGGAAUAUGCCUUGGAAUGCAAAUUGCUGUCAUUGAGUUUACUCGAUCUGUCCUUGGGCUGCAAGAUGCAAACAGCACUGAGUUUGAUCCUAACACUAGCAACCCUUGUGUUAUAUUUAUGCCUGAGGGUUCAAAAACUCAUAUGGGUGGCACUAUGCGUCUUGGAUCAAGGAGGACUUAUUUUCAGGUUGCAGAUUGCUUGUCUGCAAAACUAUAUGGCAAUAAGAGCUUCAUUGAUGAGAGACAUCGACACAGAUAUGAGGUGAAUCCUGAUAUGGUAGCACAACUUGAAGACGCUGGCCUCUCUUUUACUGGCAAAGAUGAAAGCGGUCAACGCAUGGAGAUUGUUGAACUGUCUAGCCAUCCAUUCUAUGUUGGUGUUCAAUUCCAUCCCGAGUUCAAAUCAAGACCAGGGAAACCUUCGGCUCUUUUCUUAGUAGGGCUUAUAGCAGCAGCAUGUGGGCAGUUGGAUGCUGUCUUGAAGAAAAGUGGGACAAAGACAACUGCAAUGAGCAACGGUACUUCAGCAAUAAAAUCUCACCAAUAUGGAAAUGCAGACAAGACUCCCAAUUGGUCAUUAGGUGUUGUAUAUAGCAAUGGGAAUGGUGUUCACUGUUAAAAGGGUAAUGGAUUUUUGUGUUCGUUUUACUCUCUCGGACCUCUCUGUUUCCGAGCGGCCUAUCAAUUUUGCUAGGAGCUUUUUUGAGUUGGUAUUGGGUAGGUGACUAGGUGUUCUAGCUCUCAGAUGAACUCAGUUCAUAGAAUAGAGCUUGAUUCCGGUCUUUUUAAACGGAACAGCCUGUUGUAUGUACCAGCAAAUUGCAAUUUUGAUGAGGGAGCAAUGAACUUUUUAUUAGUUUUAUAUUUUAUA